CAGCUGCGCGCGGUUUUCUGCAAACCCGGAAGCGGAUCGCGGGGAGUGAAGGCUGCGCCGCAGAGCGUGAGUUUCGCUCUCUCCAGAUUAAAUCUGCGCUUCGCAGUCCCCCUUCUUCCAUCCGCCAGAUCUGGAGAGGAUCCUACAGAUCUUCAAAUGCCCGCACCGCGCCCUCCACCCCAGAUUAACCUUUAAAGACUCAUGUGGCCUGAGGAAGAAGUCCAGAAGAGAAGAAAGAGGCAGGAAAGAGGAGACAGGGAUGGCUCUUCCUCAGGGAAGGUUGACAUUCAGGGAUGUGGCCAUCGAAUUCUCUCAGGAGGAGUGGAAAUGCCUGGACCCUGCUCAGAGGGCUUUGUACAGGGACGUGAUGUUGGAGAACUACAGGAACCUGGUCUCCCUGGGAAUCUCUCUUUCUGAAAUGAGUAUUAUCUCCAUGUUGGGGCAAGGGAAAGAGCCCUGGACUGUGGAGAGUGAAGUGAGAAUAACAAAAACAUCAAAUGGUUGGGAACGCAUCAAAGGUGUGAACACAGACGUCUCUCCUACACAUAUGAUCAAGAAAUCACCACCAAAACAGAACAAUAGCACAGAAAAAGUAUUCCAAGCAGUGAUGUUGGAAAGACAUGAAAUCCAUGACAUCAAGGAUUUUUACUUCAGGGAAAUGCAGCAAAAUAUUCAUGACUUUGAGUGUCAGUGUCACAAUGAUGAAAGAAAUUACAGAGAAAUACCUGCAAUUAAAAACAUCACUGGAAGAAGAGAUCAAGGUGAUGGAAGGAAUGCAGGAAAUAAACCAGUUGAAAAUCAGCUUGAACUAAGCUUUUGGUCGCAUCUGGCUGAACUACAGGGAUAUCAGACUGAAAGGAAAAUUUAUGAAUGUAAUCAAAUUGAGAAGUCUGUCACCAGUGGCUCCUCAGUUUCAUUACUUCAAACAAAUCUUCCUCGUGUCAACACCAGCAUUUCUAAUAUGUAUAGAAAUGAUUUUAUGCAUCCUUCAUCACUCACACAAGACCAGAAAGCAUACAUUAGGGAAAAACCUUACAAAUGUAGUGAUUGUGGCAAGGCCUUUCAUCAGAGGUCCAACCUUACUAUACAUCAGCGAAUCCAUACUGGACAGAAACCACAUAAAUGUGAUAUAUGUGGCAAAGGUUUCAGGCGAAUUGCAAACCUAGCAAGUCAUCACAGAAUUCAUACUGGAGAGAAACCUUACAGAUGUAAUGAGUGUGGCAAGACCUUCAAUCAGACGUUCAAUCUUACUACACAUCAGAGAAUCCAUACUGGACAGAAACCAUAUAAAUGUGAUAUAUAG